CGCCAAUGCAGGAUGGCUGCAUAGCCUCACACACCAAAAAGUAUCGAGCCAUUACCACGGCCCACGGGCACUGCGACAGCAUAAAAGCCUCAGAGCCCCUAGUUCACGACCCAUAGCUCGCGAGCCCAUAACACUCUCACACCUCACCCGAGAACAAUACAAUACCAGUCCCCAAAAUGCUGACCCUCAAACCCACCAUCGCCCUCCUGCUCCUACUCCUGCAAACCUUGAGCACAACCGCCCAAACCACCUCCACCACCACCACACAAGCAAACUGCACCGUCUUCAACUGGAACCACAACGCAGCAUACCUAAAAACCUACGCGCCACAACGCGUCAGCGGUGCCUCAACCUGCGCAGACAACAACAACCGAAACCUCACAUGCGCGCUCACGGCAGCCGGCGACGCCAUGUACAGCGCGCAGACGAACCUCACCGCACUGUCCGCGACAUUCAUCUCCGUCGUCGACGAGACAGUCGGCAACGCCACGCUGUCGGAGGAGUUCAGCCGCAGCAUCGCCGGCGCAAUUGACGGCACGCGCAUGCUCCGGCCUGGCCAGUCAGCAUAUCUGAAUUUCACGGCGUAUCGGUAUUGCUAUACCGGGACGGUGGAUAAUUGUACGUCUGGUGUGGAGAAUAGGACGGCGGUGGAGGCCUGUGCGCCGCUUUAUCAUUUGAUUGACGAGAAGGGAGAGGAAGGAAGGGCGGUCAUGGAUGGGAUGCUUUCGGUUGUGAAUGUUAGUCGCGGGGCGGUCGGGCAGUUUAAGGAUCCUUAUGAGAAUCAGGCUCGGGGGGAUGCGGUGGCACUGGGGACGGGGGUGGGGAAAGGGGUGGGGAGGGGGUGGUGGGUUGUUGUUGGUGGGUUGGGGGCUGCGGUGUUGCUGUAG